GCCCGUCCGCUCGCCGGGCCCCCGCCGCCGCCCCGGGGUGCAGCCGAGCGGCCGCGCCGGGCCCCCGGGACGGGGUGGAAGUGGGGGUGGGGGGAGGGGAUCGGGGCCGGGCCGGGGCCGCGCUGCCUGCGAUGCCGGGCGCCCGCCGCAGCCGCAGCCGCAGCCGCUGCCGCCGGAGCCCGGGAUGGGGCGAGAGGCUGCGGCGGACGCCAGCAUCUCCCCGCCGGGGACCCCGGGGGCCGCGGAGCCGCCGCCGCCGCUGCUGCCGCCGUUGCUGAGACCCAGCGGGCGAUGGCUGUGUGUGGCUGAGCAAGUCACUUAACCUCUUGAGGCCUCCACGUCCUCAUCUGCAAAAUGGAGACACACAUAGCUGCGUCCCCGAUGACCACCAGUAGCUGGGAUGAUACGUCGACUGCAGAGUGACCACUUUGUGUAGGCGUCCCUGUGGAUGGGUGUCAGUCAAAGGAGUGAGUCAGAUGAUGAGAGGGGAGGACAGCAGAGCAGCAGUUGUUUCUCCAGUCUCGCCGGGACUCCAGGAUCGGCCAUGUUCUGCAGCCACCGCCUCUACCUGUCUCCCCAUGUGGGAUCCUGAAACCUCAAGCUGCAUUUAGUCUCAGAGUCCGGGGAGGUGCUCACUGUCUUCUGACUCCUGAGAUGCCGACUCCCUCUGCCAUACCCCAGGGAAGGAACCAGUAGCAGAAGCUCCAGGGAAACUGAUGAAGGUCAACAGAAGGAAGAACUUCUAGCAGCCCAAAGGGAUUGGAAUGGGCAGCCUGUGGGAAUGGACAUGCAGAGGCACUGGCCUGGGGUGAAGCCUUGGACCAAAUUCUUACUUGCAGGCCCUCUGGACCCAGGAGAGGAGUCUGCAGGCCUCGGCUGGGCCGGAUUCCGCAGAUUCUGGCCUUAGGUCCUGAAUGCCUGGUGAGUUACUGAGAAAGGCCCUGCAGGCUGAGGGUGCCAGUGAGGGUGAAGCAGCCCCCCAGUUGGCCCACCUCCUUUUGUACCUUAACAAAGGUGUCUUUGUUACCUUUCUUAAAGGUAAUAAAGCCGGUCAGGACCAAGGCCUGGCAUAUUCAGGUGGUCAUCUGUAUUUGGUCGUCCAGCGGAAACCCAAAUGGAAGGAAAGAAAAAAAAAACCAUGCAUUUAUAGAACCUCUGCCAAUGGCCAGGCUCCAUGCAGAAUGCUUUGACACCAUGGCUCAGCCAGGUCUCCCACAGGACUGCAAAACAGAGGGUGACAUCUUUCUUUUAGAUCGGAGAAGACUGAGGACCAGAGAACCUAAGUAACCUGCCAAAGGGCACACAGCAAGAUGAAGAUGAGACGCUACAAGCUCUUUCUCAUGUUCUGUAUGGCCGGCCUGUGCCUCAUCUCCUUCCUGCACUUCUUCAAGACCCUGUCCUAUGUCACCUUCCCCCGAGAACUGGCCUCCCUCAGCCCUAACCUGGUGUCCAGCUUCUUCUGGAACAAUGCCCCGGUCACGCCCCAGGCCAGCCCCGAGCCAGGAGGCCCUGACCUGCUGCGUACCCCACUCUACUCCCACUCGCCCCUGCUGCAGCCGCUGCCGCCCAGCAAGGCGGCCGAGGAGCUCCACCGGGUGGACUUGGUGCUGCCCGAGGACACCACCGAGUAUUUCGUGCGCACCAAGGCCGGCGGCGUCUGCUUCAAACCCGGCACCAAGAUGCUGGAGAGGCCGCCCCCAGGACGGCCGGAGGAGAAGCCCGAGGGGGCCAACGGCUCCUCGGCCCGGCGGCCACCCCGGUACCUGCUGAGCGCCCGGGAGCGCACGGGGGGCCGGGGCGCGCGGCGCAAGUGGGUGGAGUGCGUGUGCCUGCCCGGCUGGCACGGACCCAGCUGCGGCGUGCCCACCGUGGUGCAGUACUCCAACCUGCCCACCAAGGAGCGGCUGGUGCCCAGGGAGGUGCCGCGCCGCGUCAUCAACGCCAUCAACGUCAACCACGAGUUCGACCUGCUGGACGUGCGCUUCCACGAGCUGGGCGACGUGGUGGACGCCUUUGUGGUGUGCGAGUCCAACUUCACGGCUUACGGGGAGCCGCGGCCGCUCAAGUUCCGGGAGAUGCUGACCAAUGGCACCUUCGAGUACAUCCGCCACAAGGUGCUCUAUGUCUUCCUGGACCACUUCCCGCCCGGCGGCCGGCAGGACGGCUGGAUCGCCGACGACUACCUGCGCACCUUCCUCACCCAGGACGGCGUCUCGCGGCUGCGCAACCUGCGGCCCGACGACGUCUUCAUCAUUGACGAUGCGGACGAGAUCCCGGCUCGUGACGGCGUCCUUUUCCUCAAGCUCUACGAUGGCUGGACCGAGCCCUUCGCCUUCCACAUGCGCAAGUCGCUCUACGGCUUCUUCUGGAAGCAGCCGGGCACCCUGGAAGUGGUGUCGGGCUGCACGGUGGACAUGCUGCAGGCAGUGUAUGGGCUGGACGGCAUCCGCCUGCGCCGCCGCCAGUACUACACCAUGCCCAACUUCAGACAGUAUGAGAACCGCACCGGCCACAUCCUGGUGCAGUGGUCGCUGGGCAGCCCCCUGCACUUCGCCGGCUGGCACUGCUCCUGGUGCUUCACGCCCGAGGGCAUCUACUUCAAGCUCGUGUCUGCCCAGAAUGGCGACUUCCCACGCUGGGGUGACUACGAGGACAAGCGGGACCUGAACUACAUCCGCGGCCUGAUCCGCACCGGGGGCUGGUUCGACGGCACGCAGCAGGAGUACCCGCCUGCAGACCCCAGCGAGCACAUGUAUGCGCCCAAGUACCUGCUGAAGAACUACGACCGGUUCCACUACCUGCUGGACAACCCCUACCAGGAGCCCAGGAGCACGGCGGCGGGCGGGCGGCGCCACAGGGGUCCCGAGGGAAGGCUGCCCGCCCGGGGCAAACUGGACGAGACGGAAGUCUAGAGCUGCAUGAUCUGAUAGGGUUUGUGGCAGGGCCGGGGUGGCGGCGGCCCCUAGCGCUAUCUCCCUGCCUCCUGCCGGCUCCGUGGUUCUUGAGGGGACCAGGAGUGGGUGGGGAGUGGGGGUGGGGGUAGGGUUUCCCUACUGAAGCCCUUGUGAAUCAAGGGUCAGGCCUUUGAGCUCAGAAAAUAUCCCUCCUGUUGGGAGAGGGCGCAGGCCAUGACGUCUGGGUGGCCCUUAUGACUGCCAAGACUGCUGUGGCCAGGAGGUGCCACUGGAGUGUGCGUGGUGGUCCCUGGGUAGCGGGGGAGGGUAGGCAGGAUUGGGGAAGAGAGCCUGCAGAAUCUCACCAGGCAGCCUCUGGGGGGGUGGCCAGGCCGGGAAAAAGCCCACCAUUUGGCAUCCCUGGGCCUUGGGCUCGGUGUGGGAGACCGGCCUGCCAGGAGGACCCAGGGCUCUGUAAGUAGAUGCAUUUGGGUCCAGGAGGAAGCGUGGACACCUGGCAGGGAAGAGAUGAAAAAGCCACAUCCUACCAAGAGGAGGUGCUGAGGGAUGCUUUGCAGUGUAGUCAGAAGUGCUGGGCCAGAUGGAGACAGAACUCCACCCCCUGCCGCAAAGGACAGGACCUGGCUGCCCUGGGAUGCUGGUGCCUGAGUCUGUCUCUGUGCACCCCUCAGGCUGUCGUGAGCCAACACAGGGGCCUGGAGAACCCUGAGGAGCUUUCCUUUUGGUUCUAAACCCGGCGUUGACGUUCCUUCUCCCUUUCACAUUGCUGUCUUGUGGACUGUGCACUCAGUCCUUGCAAGGCCAAGAGUCCAGUUGUAGGUGUGGCCUUGAGGGGGAAGUGGGGAGAAGACUGACAUGAGUCCUCUGCACGGAUCCGUCUCUCCCUCCCCAUCAUCCCUUACUUCUGACAUCCAGUCCCAGCUGUCCACUGUCCCAGGUGCAGUCACUGUUGUGCCCCUCCUUGGGGCAGGCUGGCUGGGGGCCAGAAAGGGGCCAUGAGGCUGUCUUGGGCCCAAAAAGGGACAAUAAGGCCAGUUGUAUGCUUCCUGUUCCUCAUAGCUUGCCUUGGUGGGGAUGUCCUUGUUGGAGGUGAUUCUGAGCUGCUGUGAUUAGGAGACCCUGAAAUACAGUGGUUUAAGCAAGACGGAAGCUUGUUUCUAAUUAGUCUAGAUUGAGAUGGCCCAGAGCUGGCAGGGCAGCUCUGCGUUUCUUCAUACGCACCUUCCAAUUCUGGGUACACAACGGCUGCUCCAGCGCCCACCCUCCUGUGUGCAUCCAAGCCUGGGGGAAGCAGAAAUAGACAAGAGGGCACACCCACUUUUUGCUAAAGGCAUGAGCCAGAAUUGGCAGGCUCACCUCUGCUGGCCUCUCAUUGGCUGGGACUCAGUCACAUGGCCACAAGCUGCUGCUAGGGAACCUGGGAAGUGUAGUCUUCAGCGGGGCCGCCAUGUGCCUGGCCUAACCUUGGGAGUUAUCUUAUUGAUGGAGGAGAAGAGAAUGGAUAUGGGGGACCAGUAGCAUCUCUGGGAGAGGGGGAGGGAGCAGCAAUAACUCAGUCGUCGGAUCCAGCUCUCAUUGUCAGAGUUUCCGGAACAGCUUGCUCCUGUUUCCCUCACUGUGCAGCCCAGGGCUGGGGGCAGUGAGGAGCUUGCAGCUCUGUGGGAAGGGGAAACACCCCCUCCCCUCAGCCCCUCAGACGCUACCCAAUGAUGCCGGUUUGCAGAGUUGGCCUGUGGAAUGGCUCAUGUUUGUGCGUGUGUGUGUGUGUAUAUUUAUGGGCAUGGGUGCAUGCUUGGUGUGUAUUUGUACAUGUCUGUAUUGCUGUGUCCCUGUAAAUACAUGCUUGUGUAUGGAUGGAAGAGGCCAGGCCCAGGCCUGGCCUCUUCCUUGGGCCUGUGGCCACACCUCCUGCAGCUCCCCAAAAUGACUGAGGCAGAAAGCCCUUGGGGAGCCUAGAAAGCAAAGCUAAAGGGGAUGCAGGGUCUGUCUGUCUGUCUGUCUUUCAGUCUGAGGAAUGAGAAUCCUGACCUGAGGGCUGUGCAGCUGACAGCCCACUACCUCCCCAGCCCCUCUCGGCCCCAGCCGCAUCAUCCCACCCGUCCCCUCCCCCCACCUCCAGUGGGGCUUUCUCCAGAUGUCUUAUGGUUGGGGGUUUCCUGAUGGGCCAGGAGAGGAGGGCAUCUUCUUGUGACAGCUCUGUCUGGGUUAAGUGCCCAGUGAGGGCAUGGUGUGGGGAGCUGGCCUCAGAGGAGCCACUGGUGGGCAAGCGUGAAGUGGGCUGAGGGGCUCUGAGCCACUUUGCUCCCAUCUAGGGGACUGCCCCCCAUGGAACUCCUUUGAAGUCACAGCAGCCUUCCUUUCUGUUUGCUCUUGGGGCUGAGAGGUGGCUCAAAUACUCGGGGUCCCUAUGGCUCUGGGUCAAUCUAGGCCAGGCUGCACCCCAUGGACAGGGAGCCUCAGGGCUCCUGAUGAUGCCCAGGCCCUGGCCUGGGGCCUCCCUCCUUGGCAGCUUUCUCACCCCCACGCCCCUGGCAUCCUCAGUUGCUAUGGGAUGCCCCUCCAGGGCACCGGCUCAGGGCUAAGGGAAGGAAGAUAGGAGCAGCUCAGAGCUGCCAGGCUCUGCCUUCCUCACAGACCUGGUGGGGCAGGGCCUGUUCACAGCAGCAGGAGUGAAGGCCUGGCCAUCGGUGGAGAGAACAGCUGUCAGAGGGGUGGGGGCCAGGGCGCGGGAUUGAAGAGUUUCACAUAUCAUCACAGCAUACACUGGGAAUUUGGUGGGGGCAGAAGAACCCAGGGCCACUCCCUCAAUAUGAAGGGAAACCAAGCUGAAUGUGACCACCGGCACACUGCUGCCAUGUCCCAUGUCCACGUUUCUCCCCGGGAAUAACUGGCCCUGAGACCCCUAGACCCAAGGAGGCCUGUCCAUGCCAAGCAUCCAAGAAGCAUGGCUGGCCUUGUCCACCCAUGGGUCACGUCGGUUCCCAGGGGCAGCAUGGGAGAGCUUUGGGGGCAACAGGGAGCGUCUGGGUGGGGAGACAGGACUUGUCCAGGCAGAAGGCAGGACCCUGGGAAAUGCAUAAUGUAAGGACAUCAAUAAUAGUAUUAUUUUUUUUGUAAGGGAAAAUCAAUAUGUACAUUCUGAAAUCAUUUUCUCUGUAAAUGGUUGGAUUUCAUUUCACCCUUAAAGGGAUGCUUAAAGGAGAAGAUAAUAUUAAUAAUAAAAACAGCUACAAAGUCUGAA